UAGCAUUGAACACAGGACAAACAACCUGAAUUCUAUCUCCAUUGAUCCACAAAGAAAUCAAGAAGCGAACAAAAAAGCAAGGCACUGCAUUCCCCUGCCACUGCUGAGCAGUGAGCACAAAUCACAGACACAAAUGGAAGCAGCAGUGGCUACUCCUUCCUUGCUCUUCUCUAGCCCAACCCCCAGGAGGCCUUCCUCCUGCUUGCCUCCUCCUCCUCCUUGCAGCAGCAGCAGCAGCAGCUACGCCUCCCAUGGUUUCAAGCUGCUGCAGCCGCAGUUGCUGUUCAUCAAUCGGCUAACCAGCAGAAACAGCAACGGGAGUAGCAGAAGAAGCAUUUCCAUUUUGUCGCUGAGGUGCUCUUCCAGUGGCACUGACAGCGCGUCUUCUUCCGCCACUUCAGAAAGAUGGGUUCUCGAGCCUGCAGGAGACGGCGAUUGGCGUCAUAUCGGGUACCGCGUCGCACGACCCGGCGGCUUCCAGAUAGCAUCCGAGGCGGCGGUGACGGUGGGUCGGGUUCCUGAACAGGCUGACAUCGUCCUGUCUGUCGCAACAGUUUCUGGGACGCACGCACGGCUGGAGAAGAAAGAGGGGAGCUUGUUGGUAACAGACCUGGAGAGCACGAAUGGCACCUACAUCAACGAGAGGCGCCUCACCCCGGGUUUCCCCACUCCUAUCGAUCCCGGCAGCCUCCUCAUCUUUGGUGACAUCCACCUGGCCAUGUUCCGUGUCUCCAAGAUGAUCGUCGAUGUGUCCAGUGACACCAAUGAAGCUGAGCAGGAAGCUGAGACGGCUCAAGUAUCAGCGGCAACUCAACAAACCAAUUAGCAACCUCCCUCUUGCCAUCUACUGCUUAAUGCUGAAGGCAAGCAGCUCAAGAAGCACCAGCUGUUACCCAAUGCCUGACAUGAAGCGCAUGUUACGAACGACAGAGUUUCUUUGCAAAUAAGUGCAUACAGAUGUUGUGUGAUAGGAAUGUCAUCUCAUCUGUAUUAUCUAAAAAUAAUGAACGUCAUCUGUAGCCAUUAAGAAAAUUCACGAAGCAACAACUCUGCAUAUCAAUAGAGAGCACAUAUUGGUAUCCCUACGAUCAAUCGAAAAUGCAUUUAUUAAGUACCAAA